AAAAUAGUGAUUGGCUGAGGCAGAAAAGUGCCGCUUCCUCGGCGGUUUCGGUUUUUGCUGCGAUUGUCCGCGGACGCCGGGCUCGCGGGGCGCCGGGAGUGAGAAUUCUGGAUCCCGGCUGCUAGAUGAGAAACCAGGGGCCAUGAGUGGUGGAGUGAUGUGUUACCCAAGUCACACAGCUAAUUAAGUAGCAGAGCUGGGAUUAGAACUCAGGUUUCCUGCCUCCCAAGAUCGUUAAAAUGAGUCUGCGGAAGCAAACCCCUAGUGACUUCUUAAAGCAAAUCAUCGGACGACCAGUUGUGGUAAAAUUAAAUUCUGGAGUGGAUUAUCGAGGGGUCUUGGCUUGCCUGGAUGGUUACAUGAACAUAGCCCUGGAGCAGACAGAAGAAUAUGUUAAUGGACAACUGAAGAAUAAGUAUGGGGAUGCAUUUAUCCGAGGAAACAAUGUGUUGUACAUUAGUACGCAGAAGAGAAGGAUGUGAAGACACCAAGGGAGCAGUUCUUUUCAUAACUGGAUGUAUUUUUUAAUGAAUUUUUUUCUUUUUUUUUUUUUGAUUCUUUUGUGCUAUAAGUUGUCCUGAUUUCAUAGAAGUUGGUGA